UCACUGCCCCACUUCCUGUCUGCUAGUGGGAAGUGACGGAGCGGGUGGCGAUUGUGCUAGGAAUAGCAGAACCGGGACCCAGGGACCGGAAUAGGUGGAGUUACCGAAAUAACGAGCGCGUGACGUCACGUUAACGGGGACCCUUUGUCACCGUGUGCGGUAAAAGAGACAGACUUGUAUCAGAAUGAGUCAAGGAGACACCAACUUAGCUGCUAUCCCUCAUGCUGCUGAGGAUGUCCAGGGUGACGAUCGAUGGCUGUCUCAGCAUAACAGGUUUGUUUUGGACUGCAAGGAUAAGGAGCCGGAUGUCUUGUUCGUAGGGGAUUCAAUGGUGCAGCUACUGCAGCAAUAUGAGGUUUGGCGGGAUCUCUUCUCUCCUCUCCAUGCACUCAAUUUUGGCAUUGGAGGGGACACUACACGACAUGUCCUAUGGAGACUUCAAAAUGGGGAGCUGGAAAAUAUUAAACCUAAGGUAAUCGUACUGUGGAUCGGGACCAAUAACCAUGAGAACACGGCAGAGGAAGUAGCUGGAGGUGUUGAAGCCAUCAUAAAACUUAUCAACACUUUGCAGCCGCAAGCAAAGAUCAUAGUCAUGGGCCUGCUGCCACGUGGUGAGAAGCCCAACCCUUUGCGGGAGAAAAAUGGCCGUGUCAACCAAAUCCUGCGUUCAUGGCUGCCACGUCUCCCGGGAGUACAGCUGCUGGAUAUGGAUUUUGGAUUUGUCCACUCGGAUGGCACCGUCUCCCGACAUGACAUGUUUGAUUUCCUUCAUCUUACAGCUGCUGGCUAUGCCAAGGUGUGCCGACCUCUCCAUGAACUGAUCAUGCAGCUGCUAGAGGAAACGCCAGAAGAGAAACAGGUCACCCUAGCCUGAGUCCUACCUCUCUCCACUUUCUGUUGUCAGUGUUAUAUCAUUGGCUGCCCCCUGUGCUCACUACAAACGCCUCAGCUGUAUAUCUACAUGCUCAGUGUAUAUACGCAGAACUCAUAUACACCUGCUAAGCUCCAGACCCUCCUGCAAAUUCCUCCUACUGCACCUGAUAAUACUGGGCAGUAAUAAUACUAUUGACGCCUCCCUGUGGAGUCUGAGGUGCAGACUGGCAUCCGGAUCCCACCAAGAGGCAACAGCAUGGUAUCUUGAAUUGACCGAUACUAUAUAUAUGUCCAGAAUGCUAAGGAGAGAUCCAUCAGAGGUGGUCAUUCAGCAAGAUGCCAUUGGAAUGAAAUGUGGUGGUGUAGCUGUUGGUAUGAAGCAGACCGUUUACAGCUGUACAGUCAAUGCAUCUUAUAAAGGUCAUCUGUUUAUAAAGCUUUGUGCUGCUCGGCACCAUUACCCAUCAUCUUUAUGUGAUUUGGCGGUGGAUACUGUUCCAGUGUGUCAGAUAGAAUUGUGGAAAAGUUGUGAAUAUGGCUGCUGUACAUCUUGGGUAUGUCUGGCAUACAAAGGGUUGAUGCACACAUGUGAACUACAUGUAAGCAGAAAACAAUGGCGUGCUAAUCCUUACUAACAUGAAGGCAUUGAAAUACCAUUUGUGUUCACCCAUUUUAUGUCAGCACAACCUGCGCCAAAUUGCAAAUUCUAAAUUGUUUUAUUACCUGGUAUGUUUGUUGUGUAUCUGUCUUCCCAAGGCACAGGGAUAGAAUAUACUGAAAGUGACUGUGAAUAUAUAUAGAUAUAUAUGAAUUGCUUGUAUGAAGUUGGUGUUUGAGAAAUGUCUGGCCCGUACCCGGGACCACUACAGCGGAGAAUGCCUGUUAACCCUACCCAGCAUUCCAAGAUAAGCCUAACCCUCCGCAUUAAGGGCAAGCGUACAGGACUUAUGCUUUUAGACCUAAAAGAAAUGGAAAUCUGUGCUUUCCAGCUGUGGGAAUUAUGUUGAUUAUGAAAUAUUUAGUCCUACAACACCAGCAUGGCAUGUUUUAGGGGCCAGUAAAAAAAAAAAGUGUAAAGAAGUCAUCGACUGAUAAAAAUGUGGCUGUAGCUGGAUCCUUAGUUUAUGUACCAAAACAGUUUUUUUAAUAUUUAUGUGAAGACAUUUACACUCUAGAGUAACAUCUAAUGUAUGUAUCUUUAACUUACAAAGGGAUAAGGUUUGCAACAGAGUUUGGAGAUGGUUUAUUUCCUAUACUAUUCAUAGUUCAUCUGUCCUGCCUCUUAGACCUGUACAGCUUCAAAUCCCUUCUGUACAAUCUGCACCCUCAGUGCUUGUGCUUCUGUGUAUGGCGUAACAAACUGUCCCUUCUUGUUGUUACACGUGUGUAUGGAGCGGAGUUAUAAAAAUUCUAAUGUGAA